AAAACCGCGGGAAAAUUUGGUGGGUUAUUUUCGCGACUCCUUGUCGGCCACAAAAACAUCACACUGUAGAAACUUUCACGCCGUAUACAGACAAAAAUUGUAGAAAAACUUGAAGAAGAAGAUGCCUCCAAGGAGAGAAAGUGGUGUGAAAGGGAAAGGAUCCAGUAGCGAGGAGACAGACCAGUGGGUCGUGGUACUGCCAGAUUCAGUUGCUGAAAAACAAGAUGAGGACGAGGAUAGACCGACAUUUGUCAAACUUCUGCAUCCCAAAACAGAAAAAGGUGCCAUGUUCCUGUUUUCCAAGGAUAACCAGCAGGUCCUGGAAGUCUUGGCUUUCCAGGAAGAAUUCCGAUCCUGGUUUGUGGGUGAAUCUGUCCAACAAGAUGGAAGUUUGCACAUGGUGACGCCAGUUGACCCCCUGUUUUUGGUCUUACCUUAUUUAGUAAAAGCAUAUGAGAGUGGGAUGUACAUGCCCAUAGACCAACUUGUGUCAGAUGGCCAGUACCCAGAAUGCACCAGGUUGCUGAGCUGCAUCCAACUGUCUGACCUGGAGCACAUCUGUGAUGUCAAAGGGUCAGGUGAUGUGAGGGCCUGUCGUUACAAUAAGGAGCGGACACUAGAAUGGUUAAAGCAGAAGGUGGAGCAGGUAGCAGACAAGCUGACAGACAGCAGUGUCAGGGUGACAGGAGGGGCACAGCUACUCACAUUCACUCACAGCCUGAAAUCUGAGCAAGCUUCCAGAGAUGACUACCUGCGAUAUGCCUGCGGGUUGGUGUCAGAUUACAUCAGUACAGACCUCAGUAAGGAGCUAACUCAACACAUGGGAAUCAAAAUUCCUGAGAAGAAAGAAGUGAAUUGUGCUGAGCCUCCUGCAAAGAAAGCUAAACUGUCUGAGAUUCCAGAAGCGACUGAAGACUACAGCAAGUUUGCUGUGAAGGAUGAGAAACCUAAGAAUACAAAGAUGACAGCUGCUCAGAGAGCUCUCAGCAAAGUUGACAAAACAGGCAUGAAGAGCAUAGCAAGCUUCUUCUCACCAAAGACUGCUGCAAAGAGCAAGAAGAAGUGAAAGAACCAAAGUAGAACAUAGCCAGAAAAGCAGUGACUGCUGGGUAUAUAGUACAGUGUAUUUUCAAUUACCGGUAGCCAUUUGAUGUAUUUUGUAUGGUUGAUAUUAAAAAAAAAGAAGUAUAUGAGCUCCGAUAUUUUCUCCAACAACUGUAACAUCGUACAUGUACAUGUAUAACACGAAUUUUAGUCAUCAUUUUUGUUCACACUUUCCUUGACAAAGGUUUGAGAAGUUAACUUGCAAGCUAAUAUCAAUCGAUUUUGUACAAUGUAGCAAUUGAGUUCUGGAGGAAAAUGAUCUUCCAUACAAUAAAAUGGCAUAAAAUUUCACAUUCGU